GGCACAUUUGCUCCGCCCUCGGCCUCCAUUUCUGAAAAUAGGCGACGACGCCGCCGCCGAUGUCGUGUCUUCGCCUUCUUUUUUAAACUGAGUUAAAUAAUUGAACAAGACUCUCAGGGCUGUGACUCAAAUGUCAAUUUAACAUUGUACGCUAUUUCAAAAGUGGCUAUACCUUAGCUAGUAUUUUAUUUUCUGUUUUAACUUUAGCAAACGGCGUUUUCCGCCGCACCCCCUCUUGAACGUCCCACUCACUCCCCCUUGUGUGAGUAGGGGCCUGCUACGUUACGUUGGCCACGAGGUGCGUUGUUACACUCGGAACGGGACGAUGGCGGAGUUCGGCAAUGGACUAGCGGAAGAAUCUCUAUUGGAUUCUGACCCCGGACACCCAGAGCUGGAAGACACGGUUGUCGGUGACGAGGAACCGGGUUUAGAAGAGGGGGAAGCUGCAAUAGAAGACCCGGAGCUGGAGGCAAUCAAAGCCCGGGUGAGAGAGAUGGAGGAAGAGGCAGAGAAGCUGAAGGAGUUGCAGAACGAGGUGGAGAAACAAAUGAAUCUCAGUCCCCCACCAGUGGGCCCAGUCAUCAUGUCUUUUGAAGAAAAGAUGGAAGCAGAUGGCAGAUCUAUAUACGUUGGAAAUGUGGACUAUGGCGCUACUGCAGAAGAGCUUGAGGCUCACUUCCACGGCUGUGGUUCAGUAAACAGAGUCACCAUCCUGUGUGACAAAUACACAGGGCAUCCCAAAGGGUUUGCCUACAUCGAAUUUGCAGACAAAGAGUCUGUAAGGACAGCCAUGGCUUUGGACGAGUCACUUUUUAGGGGAAGGCAGAUAAAGGUUGGCGCAAAGAGAACAAACCGACCAGGCAUCAGCACCACAGAUCGCGGCUUUUCCCGAGCCCGAUUUCGAUCAAGGGGAGGAGGAAACUUCUCGUCGCGCGCUCGCUACUACAGUGGCUACACACCACCUAGAGGCAGAGGACGGGCCUUCAGGUUUCAGGACCAGUGGCGGCUGACGACCCCUCCCCAGGUGGCGCCGGCCCCCCCCACUGUCUCCGCAGCGUCUCUCUCUCUCUCUGCUCCCGCUAUGCACACUCACCCCAUUCUGUCCGUGUGGGGGGGAGGGGGGCAGGGCGACCACAGGCCGGCCACGGGGGGAAUUUACUACAACAGCAAACGCUGAUUAUGCUUUUAGUUCUACACACCAACACACACACGUUUAAUUCACACCGCAGUACAUUUAACAGGCAGCCGACCCCACAGGAUUUUUCUACAUGGCCAACGUCGCUGACAAGCAGGCAAGGUUUUCAGGAGAAACACCAGAGAAAAUGGCCUUUUUUCUUUUUUUUUUAAGAGGGUGUUCCAGUUGGACCCCACCUUCUCUGACUAUGUGCAGUGCAGUCACUGCUAGUCAGAAACGACGACCACACUGUAGCGUCUUCAUUCGUUUAACAAUAAGAGUGGGCUGGUAUUUAUGGCUGGGUAAGUCGGAGGGUGGGGGGGUUGUGUGAGGAUUUUUUUUCCCCCGGGAGUAGUAGGUUUAAAAAAGAGGGAGGAGUAGAUUGAAAAAAAUAGUUUUCUUGAUUUUUUUUAAUUUUUCAUCCAUCAGUGUGAUUUCAAAAUAAAAAAUAAAGAUGUGUAAAAAGGG